AUGGCUACAAUGAUCUAUAUCGAUCAAGAAAAUGGCAGUCUCAACACGCCAGCAAUAAAACCCCGUCAGAAGCUCCUAUCCGUGUCAGACAAGUGUUUGAAGACUCCACUCUCGGAAAAAUCGAGUCUCAGUGCACCACUUAAGUCCAACCGUAAGGCUUUGGGAACCGUUAACAAGAUCGUUGCCAAUUCUUCAGUCUCCCAAAAAGGGGGGCAGAAGUCUAAGCCAAUUGAAGCCCAGAAAUGUAAAGUACCCCCUCAGCAAACAAAAGAAGAAUAUCCAGAGAUUGAGAAGUGCUUCCCAUACAGCCCAGAUGAAUUUGAGACAGAUGAUGUACCAGAGGAAGUCCGUCUGAGUCACCUCUCACUGGCUGGCCUUGCACGCCUCCCCAGGCCUUCAGCCCUGCCUGAGGAAGACUUUGAUAUGAUUGAGCCCUGUCUGCCACCUUCACCAGUCAAGAGUCCCACAGAAGACUAUUCGGCUGAACUGAAGGCUUUCCUGCAGACCAUUAGUGAGCUGACUGUUGACCUGCCCCCAGAGUGUGAAUACUAA